GAGUCCGACUUUCUUCAUCCUCCGGCGAGCGAAAGGAAAGAAAGGCAAACGACUUCGCCGCCUCGCAGCCGGCGCUAUGCAGCUAAACACCGCCAGCUUCAGCUGGUCAGUCUGGGUCUCCUCACCACCGGCCACCCUUUCGACGGGAAACCUCACGGAAGCGAGAGCUGACUCUGGAACCCCGUUUAUCACCACCGUCCAAUGCUCGAAACGAAACACCCAAUUGGUUCGUACGGGGCUCCAGAAGCCAAUCAAGAAGACUUUAUCCAACAUUCUGAGGACCGAGGCCGCCAUAAAAGCAAUAGAGCAAAAGGCCAACUCCAACAAGCACAACACACUCUGGCCCAAGGCUGUUUUGGACGCUCUUGACGACGCAAUUAGCGACGACAGCUGGGAGUCUGCUCUUAAGAUUCUAGGGCUGCUGCGAAAGCAGCAGUGGUACGAACCCAGAAGUCGAAUCUACUCUAGAUUGAUGAUGAUGCUGGGAAGAUGUCGGCAGCCAGAGCAGGCUAGCUUGCUGUUUGAGAUGAUGCGCUGUGAUGGGAUGAAACCUACCAUAGAUGUCUAUACAGGUCUUGUUAGUGCAUAUGGUCAGAGUGGCCGUUUUCAAGAGGCCUUUUCAAUCAUCGAUGAGAUGAAAUCCGCCUCUGACUGCAAACCAGAUGUAUAUACUUACUCAAUUCUGUUAAAUAGUUGCACUAAGAUCCAUAGAUUUGAUCUUAUUAGGAGAAUUCUUGAUGAGAUGUCCUACUUGGGGAUUGAAGCCAGCACCGUAACGUUUAAUACGAUCGUUGAUGGGUAUGGUAAGGCUGGAAUGUUUGUUGAGAUGGAGAAUUCUUUGGCAGAAAUGCUUGAAAAUGGCUGCUCAGUUCCAGAUGUUUUCACCUUAAAUUCUGUUGUUGGGGCGUAUGGUGGAAGUGGCCAGAUUGAGGAGAUGGAGAAGAAGUACGCUGAGUUUCAGUUAAUGGGUAUAAGUCCAGACAUCAAGACGUUUAAUAUAUUGAUCCAGUCGUAUGGGAAAGCAGGGAUGCACAAGAAGAUGAUAUCUGUUUUGAAGUUUAUGAAGAAGAGGUUCUUUAGUCCAACAAUUGUGACACAUAACGUUAUCCUUGAGACUUAUGGAAAGGGUGGUUAUAUUUAUGAGAUGGAUCAAUAUUUCAAGAAUAUGAAGCAUCAAGGCGUAAAGCCUAACAGUAUCACCUAUUGUUCUCUUGUCAGUGCUUACAGCAAAGCUGGGGAUAUGAUGAAGGUUGAUUCGAUUUUGAGGCAGGUGGAGAAUUCUGAUGUACUUCUCGAUACCCCUUUCUUUAAUAGUGUCAUCAGUGCGUAUGGUCGUGCUGGAGAACUGGACAAGAUGGAAGAGUUGUUUUCUGCUAUGGAAGAGAAAAACUGCAAGGCUGAUUUCAUUACUUAUGCUACCAUGAUCCAGGCCUACAAUGAUCAAGGAAUGACAGAAGCUGCAGAAAAUUUGGAGAAGAAGAUGCUAGCAGCCAGGAAAAAUUCAGGUUCAAAGCUUCUUAAGGAAUACAAUAAGAGUUAUUGAAAAGACUUGUAUUUUAUGGAAACAGCUUCACAACUCACAAGAGUACCUUGUCAAUGAUUAUCUAACCGCUAAACCAGGUAAUUGAUACCUUUUUAUUUUUCUCUACCUGUUAUGUCCCUUGUAGUGUCUUCACUGAGUAGAUUCCUGCACUGUGCUCUUUCCAUAUUUCCUCCAGUGUGAUUCUUAGUUAUACAGUUUCUUGUUGACGUCUGAUUGACAGAAUUCUAUACCAUUGCGACAUUUGGGAAGUUUCCCUUGGAUGCAGCUGCAUGUGUAUCAGUGAUGCUCGAUGAAGAACAGUAAUAGGUUGAUAUAUAUGAGACAGAGCUUGAGCUGUGAGAACACUUGAAUGUUGAGCAGUUCUUCCUGUACUGAACAUAGCUAGAAGCUGCGAGAAUUCGGGAUAAGAUAUGGUAAGCAGCUGGUUCAUUACAACCACGUGGACCAUAAACUAGCUGAAUUCAACCAACAGGCAGAGAAGACCGAUAACAUGUUGGCCAGAAGAAUAGCAGAGGCUGCAGAUAGUCUCAAGGAGCUCGUACCGCAAUACUACUCUUCGUCAGAGAUACAGAACAAAUACAAAACUCAGGGCCUUGAACUCACUGUUGGUGUUGAACUACUGUACCAAGUUGCAACUCUUUUAUAUUAGGAUCUCAACAUUUUGCUGUUUGGAUUUUGUAUAUGUUCAAUCGCAACUUGGUAACGCAAAAUGAGAAGUUCCUCUCUUUCCACUAUCUAUUGUCUCUCUUGCUAAAUCUUAUGGCUUUUUACCUAAUAAGAUGCACAUGGUCAUGAUGAUCUCAGCUCAACAGCAUUCUUGACAUCGUCUUGAGUCGUCAUGCCGAUGAUGGAU